AUGGCGCAAUCCAAAUCCACCAAGAAGUUCGAGAAGAACCACCUGAAGGACACGCUCAAGCGCCGGAAGGAAGGAAAGAAAAUCAAGCAGCGCGUCCAGCUCAAGGAAAAGCGCAAGGCGCGACGUGCCGCCGACAAUGAGGUCGCCAGCGAUGUCGAGGAGGAGAACCAGGCCAAGCGCGCAAAGAAGGCGGAGGAGGCCAAUCCUUUUGGCGACAUGAGUGUCGACGACUUUUUCCAGGGUGGCUUCGAGGUUCCCGAGCAUCCCAAGCCGAAGAAGCAGAAGACCAAGGACGUGCCCUCGAAAACCGGCAAGCGCAAGCGCACCGAGCCCGCCGGCAAAGCUGACGAUGAUGAAGCGGCCUCUUCUUCAGACGAGUCCGUGGAUGCGAACCCUGUUGCAGACGACAGUGGUUCCGAGGCUGAGUCGGACGACGACGUCGACGCACACAAGAAGCAGCUGGAAGAGCUCAAGAAGAAGGACCCGGAAUUCUACAAGUACAUGCAGGAGAACGAUCCUGAGUUGCUGGGCUUUGCUGAGGAUGCGGAUCUGGCCGAGAUUGACGAGCUCAGUGGUAGUGAAGCAGAGGAGACGCCGAAGAAGAAAAAGCAGAAGAAGGGCAAGAAGCAGGAAGAUUCUGAUGACGAGGAAGCCGUCGCGAGCAACGAGGUCACAACGGCAUUGGUCAAGAAAUGGAGUACGGCCAUGAUUGAGAAGCAUUCCCUGCGCGCUACCAAGGAAGUUGUUUUGGCCUUCCGCGCUGCAGCGCACUUGAACGAGGAGGAUAGCAAGGAAUACAAAUACUCAAUCUCGAAUCCCGACGUCUAUCAUGAGCUUCUCGUACUCGCUCUGAAUCGCGUCCCCGAGGUCCUUCAACAUCACCUUCCCAUCAAGGAGUCGACCACCGGCAAGGUUCGCGUUCCCACCGAGGGCAAGAAGUUUAGCAACAUGACCCCUAUGCUCAAGUCGCAUGCGACGUCCGUCAUGCAUCUCCUUGGCAACCUCUCCGACGCCGCUACCCUCCGAACGACCGUUACCUCCCUCCUCCCUCUUCUGCCGUACAUUUUGUCGUUCAAGAAGCUCCUUCGCGAGUUGGCCAAGACCGUCGUUUCGAUAUGGGCCGACUCGUCCAAUGCCGAGGCCACCAGAAUUGCCGCUUUCCUUGUUCUGCGUAGACUGAUUGUGAUUGGAGAUGCUGGUAUUAAGGAAGCAACCCUCAAGGCCGUGUACCAGGGCUUCGUUCAGGGCAGCCGCAACACGAGUGUCCACACGAUCGCAGGCGUGAACUUGAUGAAGAACUCUGCAGCGGAGCUCUGGGGCCUGGAUCCCAACAUUGGCUACACUACCGGGUUUACCUUCAUUCGCCAGCUCGCCAUCCACCUCCGGUCCAGUAUCACGAACAAGUCCAAGGAGUCGUACAAGACUGUAUACAACUGGCAGUAUGUGCACUCGCUGGAUUUCUGGUCCCGUGUCGUAUCAAGCCACUGCGAUACCAUGCGCGAGGCCGAAUCUGGCAAGGAGUCGCCUCUCCGCCCUCUCAUUUACCCUAUUGUACAAGUCACCCUUGGCGCUAUGCGCCUGAUCCCGACCGCACAAUACUUCCCGCUGCGAUUCCAGAUGAUCCGCUCGCUCCUCCGCAUCACUCUUUCCACGUCUACAUACAUCCCGAUUGCGCCUGCGCUGUACGAGGUGCUCAACUCGGCCGAGAUGCGCAAGCCGCCGAAGCCCGCCACCCUGAAGCCCCUCGACUUCAACACCAGCAUCCGUGCUGCGAAGUCGUACUUGCGCACGCGUGUCUACCAGGAUGGCGUGGGCGAGCAGGUGGCCGAGCUGCUCGCUGAGUUCUUUGUGCUGUGGUCAAAGAAUAUCGCUUUCCCCGAGCUUGCUCUGCCGGUCCUCGUCAUGCUCAAGCGCUGGCUGAAGGAUGCUAGCAACAAGGCUAAGGGCAACAAGAACAGCAAGGUCAACUCUGCCAUUGGCAUCGUCAUCCAAAAGCUCGAGGCCAACUCGCGCUGGAUUGAGGAGCGCCGGACCAAGGUCGACUUUGCGCCGAACGACCGUACAGGCGUGGAAGGCUUCCUGAAGGAAACCGAAUGGGAGAAGACGCCUCUCGGUGCAUAUGUCGUUGGCCAGCGUAAGAUGCGUGAUGAGAAGGCAAAGUUAAUAGAAGAAGGUCGUAAGGAGGAGGAGAAGAAGAAGCAGGAGGAGAGGGAGGAGAAGGAGAGGGAGAGGAAGGGUGAGUUUGAAGGUUUUGAGGAGGAGGAGAGCGGAAGCGAUGAGGAAGAAGUUGAUGAGAUGGAAGUCGACGGCGAAGAGGACGACAGCGACGACGAAUAG